UUAGAGCUAGUCUUCAAAGACAAGAUGCAAUACUGGCAAGCUAAAUAGUUUAUUCAUAUAGCUGUAAUACGAAUUGUACAGUAUCGCAUAUUACUGGUUACUUAUCAUGAUAGGUACAAAUAAUUGCAAUAAUGAUGCUUAUUUGCAUUUUUCACGUUUGUAUAUGGCGAUCCCUAAACUGAACCAAAUCGAAGUGAAAGGGAGAAUCUCAAUCGCACAAUUUUCGCAUCUUCUCAAAACCCAUUGUAGGAGAAAUUCAGGGGGACGGGACCUCGCUUUCUCAUCCACAGUUUUGAGAAGGAGGCGAAGAGAGAUGACGCGAGGGUAAAUAAGUGAAAGCGGUUUGUCAGGUGACUAGCUGGCUCGGAUAAUUAAUGAAUUUAACAGUCGACAAAAGUAUGAUAUCUAGGUUGUUUGUACCAACAAUAUUGUCCGCGAAAAGUCCUGCACAAUAAACAAUUUCCCCCUGAAUUUGAGACUACUGAAACGGCUUUGAACGCAUUCUGUUUGACACCGUGACUGCUGGGGUGAUGAUUGCGCAAUACAAUGGCAGUGUAUUGCCUACCUCAGUGGAGAACACAUCAGCAACACCAACCUGGGGACCAGAGCCUCACAGAUGUUUGCAGGUCCUAUACGAGGACAUUGGCGAGUUAAGAGUGCGGUUUUGGGACCUCAUGCUGCUCAUUCCCAAUGUAAUCUUCUUCAUGUUCUUGAUGUGGAAACUGCCCUCAGCCAGGGCUAAAAUCACACUCACCUCCAGCCCCAUCUUCAUUACCUUCUACAUUCUGGUUUUUGUGGUGGCAGCGGUGGGAAUCACCCGUGCUAUCGUGUCCAUGACCGUCAGUGCAUCAAGUUCUGCCACCAUCAUUGACAAGGUGCUGUGGGAGAUCAGCCGUUUCUUUCUGCUCACCAUGGAGCUCAGUGUUAUUAUCCUGGGACUGGCUUUCGGCCACCUUGAGAGUCAGUCCAGUAUAAAGCGUGUGCUGGCUAUCACUGCUGUACUGGCACUGGGCUACUCGAUCACACAGGGCACACUGGAGAUCAUGUACCCCGACGAGCACCUGUCUGCCGAGGACUUCAACAUCUACGGCCACGGAGGACGCCAGUUUUGGUUGGCCAGCUCUUGCUGCUUCUUCCUGGUCUACUCUUUGGUUGUCAUCCUUCCCAAAACCCCGGUGAGGGAGAGAAUAUCUCUGUCAUCUAAGAAGAGUUUUUAUGUGUACGCUGCCAUUCUGUCCCUGCUCAAUCUGGUCCAGGGGCUGGGCAGUGCCCUUCUGUGUGCCGGCAUCAUAGAGGGGCUCUGCUGCGUGGAUGUCACCACCUUCAUCUACUUCUCUGUGUUUGCCCCACUCAUCUAUGUCACCUUCCUCAAAGGCUUCUUCGGCUCAGAGCCCAAGGUCCUCUUCUCCUACAAGUGCCAGGUGGACGAGCCUGACGACCAGACGGAUGUCCACCUGCCCCCUGCCUCAGGCCUGGGCCACAAGGAGCAGCUGGAACGGGGCUCCUUCUACCCCGGCACCCAGAUAGAUGGCCUGAAUGCUGCAACCAUGGGCACCGGCAUAGCUGCUUACCUGGACAAUGUGGCCUCUGGUCCUUUCGGGCCGGGCAGCAUAAACAGCGACCGCUGGAGAGCCAUCAACGCCUGAGAGGAGAGGAAAUGAGAAGGCUGGAUAGGGGAUGUUGGACUUGUUGAGUGGAGAAGUUGAAGUUUGCUAUGGCUCUCUCUCCCUCCGGAGACACUGUGAAUUGACUCAUUUCAGCCCCUGUCUGUUCUCCAUUUUGGAUCUUACUGCCUUGUCCAUUCUGGCUCAAACAUUACAUUCUCCCCCAAUACCUGCAGGGGAUAUUUCUACAACUUCAGUCAAGUAUUUUCCCUCCUGUAAAUGCGUGUGUAGCUGACCAAGAUAAGAAGAUAAUGUAAAGGUAAUGUCCGAUACAUUUCCAUCGAAGGAUUACAACUGAGGUAUAGUCCAUUAACUGUGGCCUUGUAUUAGAUUUGUAAUCGUCUCGAAUUGAAAAACUCCCUCGCUCCCUGUAGGCCAGCUCUGUUCUUAUCGAGCUAGGAGCCUUCUCUAAAUUGCAUCACUCAUAAUGAAUCAAGUGUGCCCCAUUUUUUUUAUUUUUAUGUUUGAUAUCAGUGCCCCCCCCCCCCUCCCCUCUUGUUGAUGAUCGAAAUCCUACAGUGUAACGUCAUGUACAAAUUGAAGACCUGUUUGGCUUGAGUCUACACAGGGACUUGGUAUGCCAUGUCAGACAAUUAGCAGUGCAACUGGUAUCUAUGUAACUUGUUGCUGGGAGAGACUCAAAAUGGACGCCAUUCCGCACCCGCAUUGCCUCUACCUAUUUUAUUGUUUGCCGUCGGUUUUAUUUAUUUUAGUGACUGCUUGGUUUUAUGUCGAUAGGUAGUUCCAUCAGCUGAUCAUUCCUGGUAUUAAAGGUGCUUAUGACUUAGGUAAAACAUUCCAACUACCAAUCAAAUGAGAUGGAGAAGGCAGGAACAGCGAACUUGUGGCGAAACAAUGUUUUUUUGUGGACAUUUUUAUUUCAAGAAAUAUUUAUGCCCAUAUACAUUGGAUUCAACCCAAAAGUGUGUUGUUUUUUAAACAAUGUAAAAUGUGUUUUCACUAUAUGAAAUUAUUGAUGAAGUCACCUUAUGGGGUUUCCCUUGUGUUCUUUAUAGUCAACCCUGAUUUCAUCACAAAGAAAGAGCAACUUUAAAAAAAAGUCCAUCUGCUUGCUCAUGAUGCUCAUCACAAACUAAAUACCAAUUUUCAUGAAGCCCUACUUACUUGCAUUAAUUCCUACUUGUAUGUCUGCUGUGAACUUAGUAGCCCACCACACAUGGCUUGCUGGGAAACCAAUUCUAUUGGUGCCUGAAAACGAUGUCAUUCCAGUUUGUGUGAAUUACGAUGUCAUUACGAUGUUUAUGCCCUUCUUGAUUUUGUCACUAUAUUCAUUUUGCCAAAAAUGAUUACGUUUGCUAUGAUAAAAUGUGAAGUGGGUGAAGUUAUUCAUGUGACAUAGCAUCCAGUGGAGGCUAGUGAGGGGAGGAUGGCUCAUCAUAAUGUUUGAUGUAUUUUAUUCCAGUCAUUACCACAAGCCCGUUCUGCCCAAUUUAAGGUGUCACCAAUUUACUGUGAUAGCAUCACUACGUAAUAUAAGACAUUUAUUUUUUUCAUAUGUGUAAGCCACCACAAAAUAAUCGUUUUAUAUUGUCAUUGUAGUAUUUUAUACAAGUCUUCUGCUUUGCUCUUCCCAAUACCUGCCCUGCAUCAACAGACUCUGUUGCUUGCUCUCAAACACUGCCUUAUAUUUCUAGAGAAAUGUCGGAAGAGUUGCGUUUGAGGUACGAAAUUAUACUAUACUCAAAUCAUCAUGAGUAAGGUCUCUGGGUGUGGGUUUCAAAUGCAAGUGCAGUCAUGUUAAAGACUGAAUCAAAUAUUUAAGAUGGUAAAUGAAAGAACUUUGAAAAAGAGUGAGGAUACGUGAUACCAGAAAUUUGUGAAGAAUUUAUAGCUCAAUGAUACACUAUUAAAAGAAAAGAACGGUGAUGAUGUGUUUCAGCAUUCCAUGAGAGACUAUUUAAAAUAAGCUUCCUUUUCAUUCCUAUAGCCUGCCCCUAUGUAUUUUCUUUGGACCGUGUCUCCCCUUGGUGUUUUGUUGUGGUAUUGCAAAUGGAAAAGCGUUCCCAGUAAAUGUUUCAGUUGUGCAUGGCAUGCAGUGUUUCAGUUGUCUGGGGUUAGCCAAAGCUGAAUGUAUGGCAUACAAUUGUAUAUAUAUGUUCGACUAACCAAUCAUCUUUCUUUUACAAACAUGCACAACAUUUGGAGAUUUA